UGUCAACCAGCAAAAACAACAAAACAAGUGAUUCUUCAAGAUUUUCUUGUUUUCAACUUCAAUUUGGUGUUUGUAAACUUUGUGAAAUUUAUCCAAGGUGAAAUAUUGUGUGAUAUAACGUGAACUUGUAGUGUGUUUGCUGAUCACAGAUAAACAUAUUGACUGAUAUUUUUAUUUGUCAUGAUAGAAAUCUUGGGAGCCGAACAUUUUGGACUUUAACCCUUAUUUUAACCCUAAUAUUUGAAUCAAAGCAGUAAAAUGUCACAGCCACAUAGAAAAGCUGUCUUAAACUUAUAUAAAACGCUUUUAUUUCUGGGAAGAGACUGGCCCCAAGGAUACGAUCUCUUCAGGAAGCGUUUAAACAAAGUAUUCCUAAGAAACAGUGAAGAAUCUGACCCAGACAAGAUUGCGAUGAUGAUAAAACACGGACAAUUUGUUACCAAGGAGAUUGAAGCACUUUAUAAACUGAAAAAGUACAGAGCAAUGAAACGCAGAUACUACGACGAUAACUAAGAUAACAGCAGUGUGAUAAAUGGUAUGUUGCAAACUUGGUUACUUAAUUUUUUUAAAGAAUUUGAUACAAAUACAAAUGAAAUUUUUAUAACAGAAGUCAUAACAUUGAAAGUGGAAGUAAAAUAGGCUUAUUUUGCCAAUACCACUUUUCAGCACAGAAAAGUAUGACUAAAAAUCAAGUCAAUUUAUUAAAAAAAAAAUGUUGAACAACUUUUUAAAAUCUUUGGUCAGAAAAAGCAUCAUAUAAUCAAGAAAAACACAUUAACAAGUUAUCUACUAAAGAAAUUCUUUGCUACUGAUAUUAGGUUCAAAUUGAAUGAAUAUUGCUCAUAUAAUGUCUGUAAAUAUUUUCAAAAAUAAUGUAAUAUAUAUAUAUAUAGGAUAAGAGAAUCAAGAGAACAGUUACAUAGCUAUUUGUUUAACACAGCAAUUUUAUAUUACCUAAGUAUAAUGAAUUUUAAUAGAUUUAUAUGGAUAAUGUUGUAUUAAAUAAAACUGUAAAAAUCUAUGUCAUCUUGUAUUAUAUUUGUUACGAUUCACAUAAUACAUUAUUGUUUUUAAACUAGAUUAAAUAAUAACAGUUUACUAAACGAUGUCUAUUUUUAAAAUAAUUUUCAACAAAACUUUAUCAGAUUAGUUAGGUUUGUUUAACAGGCGAGUGAUAUGAUUAUUUUGUUUUAUGAUCUUUGGUUUAUAUUAUUAUGUACAUUUACAUAUAAAUAUUAUGAUGGUAUUUUCAUUUGUUUAUAUUUAAUAAAUAUUGAAAUAUAUUAUUAAAGCAAAAUAGCAUCAUUUAAAACAAUACCUAACCUAUCCUAUAGAAUAUAAUGCAUACAAAAAAAUCACUCUUAGUUUUCACUUGUAACUAGCUGAGAAGACUCACCUAGAAGAGAAUUAUAUUCAUUUGUAUUAUUUUUUUGUUUUGCCUAGUUGAAAAUUACUAGAAUAAUGUUGCACUCUCAAUUUCAAGGUAUUGUUUCAGCCCAAUUAUGUCAUUAUUAUUAUAUUUAAUGGCUUAAAUUUUUGUUCAAUAACAUUAUGAAUUAAUUAUUUGAACAUAUUAGGAAAGAGAAAAGUUUACAUGUUUAAAAACGACAGCAAACUGAUUAACAUUGUCUACUUAAAAUUACAAGAUACUAUUUAAUAUAUAUUAUUUAAAUGUUUUGAAUAUUCAUAUUGUCAAAAAGUACCUACUACAUUUGCUCGACUGUCAAGCAAGGUCCAAUUUUUUACUUGUAAAUGAUUCCAACAGACUCAUGAUUAGUGGUAUGUAAUAUAUAAUUAAAUAUUCAAAAUUUAAUAAAAUAAAUUGCCCCACUUGCUUCUAACCCAUACACAGUACUUACUUAAUUAGGAGCUUUUCAAUAGCCUCAAAUAAACCUUUAACUGCAAGGGCCUAAGAUAUAGCUUGCAGAAUUAGUAAGUCAAAAUGUCACACCUUGUCUUUCAAAAUAUCAAAAUAAUUUUCAAGUCCUGGAAAAAGUGCAAGAUGAUUAUUUCAGUAAUUGCAGUAGAAAAGAAAAUUAUAGAAUUUAAAAUUAAUAUUGAAAAUAAUGGCAUAGGCUCUAGCCUGUCAUAGGUUUCAUUAACCAUGAAUCUGUAGAAUUUUACUUAAAGUACAAACUAUAGGUACAUAAUAUUCACAUAAUUAAUUUUAUUAGUAAAUACAGUAUUUGAACCACAAGUCUACAUAUUUUCGUGAUGGUGCACUUUUAUACUCUUGAAGCCUGCCUUCGUUAUAUCUAAUCCUAUAUGUGAUUGUGAAAUUUAACAUGUGAUUACAUUAUAUACACAGUAACAUACACUUUUGAGAUCAACAACAGUCAAGCAUUAGCUAAGUACGUAUAGUAUAAUAUAUUUCUCACACCAAAAUUAUAAGGAUUAUUUGCUUAUUACUAACCUCAUUGAAGACAAGUAAUCAAGAUUAGAGUUGUGCCAAAUAAUUUAAUUCCCUUUCUGCAGAUACUCUUAAAGGCUUUCCAUGUAUAUUCUUUCUCUAAUAAUUAUAAAUUAAAAUAUUUAAUUCAAUUGUGGAGAUUUCAAUAACAACAAAAUCAGGAAAAAUAUAAUUGCAUUUGAAUGUCUAUUAUCCAUAUCUACAUUUUUGACAUCAUGCACAGCUCUAGUCUAGACUAAUUAUGUGUAAUAUAAAGUUAAUGACUUUUGUGAGAUUUAAUGAAUUUUAUUUAGUAAAUUGAGGGAAAAAUAUAAUUCAUAUUUAUAUAAUGUCAAAAGUUGGGCUAAAAGUUCAGAUGAAAUCCCUAUAAGGUUACUGAAAUUUGUUGGAGCAAACCUAGCAACAGGAUAAUACAAAUUCUAUGAAUAUUGUGUAAUAUAAUUUAUUAUUUACUAUCAUGUAGGUAUAUUACAAUAUUUUUUUCUGUAAUACAUAGGUAUUUGUCUACACCUAAGUUAAACAUUUAAAUGAGGAAAUUAAGUAGCUAAAUGCUCAUCACACAUACAAACAAAAGUUGCAAAUGUCUUAAAGCAAUAUAAUAACAAAAUUAAGUAUCUGUGGCAACACUUGUUAAUUGCUUUUUUUGUAUUUUUCAAAGCAAAUUUAAAAGUGUGUUUUUUACAUUUGGAUCUCUAAGUCGGUGGUCAUAAAGAGCAAAUUUAUGAAUGUCAUGUUUUAAAAUAAACUGGGUAGAGGCAUCACCUCAAUAGGCCAAUUUUUCCUCCAAAGAAGGUAAGUGUCUAAAUAACCCCCUAGAUUCUGUUAAAACAAACAUGAAGCUUUAUAUCUACAUCAUACCUACAGAACUGUCCUUCUUUAGAGGAAUCUAAUAUAAUAAUAUAAGUACUUAAAAUUUUAAUAACACUUAUUUGGUAUUAAAAUAGAAUGUAAUAAUUUUAACAGGAUACAACUUAUUUACAUAGCUCCGAUACAAUAAUAAUAGUAGAGAUUUAAAUAUCUAGUUACUUAAUGUACUUCUUGUACCUUAGGUAACCUAUUGUAAAAAUUUAUUUCAUGAAACAUAAUUACUGUAUAAAAUUUUAGAUGGUCUAAAUGAAUGGCUUAUCUUCUAAAAAUAAGUAUUUUGUACACAUAGCCCAAUAUAUUGAUGAAUGAAUGGACGAAUUAAAUAAUAUUUAUAGAAAAAAUGGUUCGCUUAAAAUUUAGAAAGAAAAAAAAAACAGAUAUUCAAUUAUAAGUUAAUGAUAAAGAAUUUAUCAGUUUACAAAUAACAAUAAUAGAUAUCUUUGCAUGAAAUAAUGAUUUUAUAUAACCCAUGGAUGAAUGGAAAAAAAAUGUCAAAGAAACUUUCAAAUGUUAGUUAAAUAAUAAUUGUAAAUCUAAGUCUUCAGUUUCAAUGCUUGAAAGUUAUCUGAAGUGGAUUGUUGAAUAAGGCGAUUUCCUCUUCUUUGCCGAUCCACCAUUGCUUGAUGUCUUUCUGCAAAUAAAUUAAAAAGCAAGUAUUUAAAACAUAUAAUUUUUAUAAAAGCUGAUGUGAUCAGCGAUUCGUUAGUUAGGUAGAUAAAUACUAUAUUUGUGCGUUAAAUCCGAAUCCGUUAGGUCCAACAUUACUUAAAUGAAAAAUGUAUUGCACCAAAAAUAAAAAUGAAGAAAUUAUAAGCACAAAAUAAACUUUAAUAUUAAUACACAAUUGGCGGCCUUAUCGCUAAUGAGCGAUCUCUUCCAGACAACCAAUCAUCAUGUAUAUUUUAUUAAAUCUAAGUUGAAGUGACUAUUGUAGAUUUUCAUGAAAAUUGGCCUCAUGAGAUCUCCUUAGAUGUUGCUUCUAACUUAUGACCAAUUUUCACUGUAAUAUCCGGACCGAGCUUGUAUUAUUAUAGUUAGUUUGUAGAAACUGGUUUUCUCCUUUGCAGGUGAGAAAUAAAACCGAAAAUUCCCUAAUGUUCACCUAAAAACAAUUACUAGACAUAUCUUGCUCAGUGGCUCAGUAUCGUGAUGUUUGGAAGUCCCUACAAAAGGCCUAUGUCCUGCAGUGGACGUCCAUCGGCUGAUAUGAUGAUGAUGAUGAUGAAGACAUAUCUUUCUAUUUGUUUAUUACUGUCUCAGCUACUAUUUAUCGAAAUAUAUAUUUUUACCUUUCUUUUCUUGCUUAAUCUUUCUUUUCUCCAUCUUCGGGAUCUUUGAGUGUGUGCCACUGCGCGAUCGGGCGUCGCGGGCUAGCCAGCAUGUCCGACCAGUGACGUAGUUCCGUUCCUGACGCGUUGUAGCCCAGAACCACUUUCCCGAUUGGCUCCGAAGUGCCGAUGCGAUCGUAAUCCACCACUGUUACCACUAGAUUCACCUUCUGUUGUGCAGUUUGUAAUAAAGUAUUAAAAUAUGAGGCAACACUGUUAUCAAAAUCAAUUAAAAUUCUACUGUGAUUAAGAAUGCUUCUAUUUUCUCUAACGGAUGUCUCGUAGGUUAGGUUAUGUCCUCUUUAAUGUCUAUUCUACAUGAUUUGUGCUUUAAUAUUCUUAUGAAAGUGGUUUAAAUGAGACUCUAAUUUUACAACAUUAAAAUUCAAUUUAAUUUUGAAAUGCUGGUGUUUAUUUUUAUUGUGAUCUUAGCACUUAUGCAUAUUUUCGUUUUAUAUGACGAUUAUCUAUGCAAAUCAAGGUCCAAAUUUAUAAAAUGUGAUUCCAUAGCUGUUCUUUUACACUAUCUAAUAUAAAGUUUUAUCGCUAUAUUUACAUAAAUAAUUAGGCAACUAACUACUACGUAAUUUAUUUCUAGUGAAUGAUGAUGAUGCUCUUACCUUUAGUGUAGAAUAUCAGUGUCUAAGCAGUAAGGUAGUUGCGAGGUACAGGGUAAAACUAAAGCGUGACAUGUAUGAUAGCAAGAAAAAAAGAUCCACAAGAAGAACAAGAGACUGGAUUCCUGAACACCAUAUAGAUGGGUAAUUACAAUUUGAAGUCACCAAAUUGUAAUGCAGUUACGAGGGGAGAUUUCAAACACCACUGUAAUUUUAUGGAGCAUUUGUGGAUGUUAUAUUAUCAAAGCAAUAUUGUUAAAUAUGCCCUGGAAAUAAUAAUCUUUAAUCGAGACAAAUAAAUUGUUACAACAAAAGAUCAACUUUUCCAACGGUGCAUUAUUAAAAGCUCAUUUUGAUGAAUAUAACAAUAGGAAUAUAGGUGAAAGUAUCGGACAAGAGACAGGCAAAAGAAGAAAGUGAAAAAUUAGGGGCAUCGCCAAUCAGUAUACUAAAAAUCUAAGGAGUUGUUAGAAUAUACUACAGUAAAAGGAAACUUUUGCUUGGAAAUGGACUGGAAUGGAUGUAAGUGGUGUGUACAACCAUAUUCACAACAAUUAUAGCACAACAUCGAUUUCACAUUGCUAGGACAAAUUUGAAUGUCGAAAACAUUUUUCGUUGAAUCUCUAUAAUAUUAAAAUUAUGUAUACUGUUUUCGUCACUCUUUCCAAUGUCCAUACAAUGUUUGACAACAUUGAAUUUUGAUGCAAUCUCGGCUCGCACCUGUAUUUGUUCGAAUGGUACUUCAAAAGUAAAUGACUCGUUGUAAUAUGGAUUCAGUGUGCAUUUCUUGAUGCUCGUUUUCUUCUUCUUGAGACGUUUUCCAUUUUGCAUGAGUGCGAUCUUUACGUACGGAUCUGUUGCCGGGCGCCGACGAAACAGGAUAUGAAAAAAUGAAAAGUAAAAUAUUAGUCUUUAUUAAAAGGGUACCAGUGCAGGUUGAUAAAACGUUAUUUUACAAGUUAAUUGCUUCGCAAACGAACUAAUGAUAAUAAAUUAUUAUGCAUCAUCACGUAAUAGACAAGGUUCAGACGGUUAAUAAAGAUCGCGACAUUUGUGAUAUCGCCAAUAUGGUUAAUUGUGUUUGCUCUUUGCCCGAAUUCUAGCUGUGAUAUAGAAAUAAGAGAUCACAAUUAAUCAAGUAAAUCUGAAUUGGCUAUAAUUUUGGAGAAGAUAACAUAAAACUCACGUACGUAUAUUACAAUUUAUUAACCGUUUGACCAAUGUUCUAAUUAAAAAAAAAAAAGCAAAGUGAAAUGAAGUAACAUGUUUCAUUUAGUAUUUUUGUAUGUACCUAAGUAUGUGUAAUAUAGUAAAUGUAUUAUGCAGUGCAAAUAAAAUGGUCUGCAAGCUUUUUUAAAUCACAUACAGGAAUAGAUAGCCUUUAAACGUGAUGUUACUAAGUGCAUUUUAUUGUAGUAAAUAUGAGGUAUGAUGUAUGUUUGAGUAAUUCUUUUUGUAACGAUUUAUUCAGUCCAAAAUUUGUCAGUGAAAAACUAAACAUAUGCUUAUCUAUUGUAAUAACACAAUGAUGUAUUUGCAUCAUUGAUGAAAAUUACAUUAAACUAAAUCGUCAUGCAAGUUAUUUGCAAAAAAACAUUCCGAGCAUACAUAGCAUAUUAAAUAGGUACAAAAUAAGUCAGAUAAGUCUUUUUUACCCUAAAUCUUCCUGAAAGUAGACAGUAGUGUUAGACGUGUUUCUUGAAUACAAUAAUAAGAGUCGAUCAAGUAACAAAGUAAAAGUAAAAUUGAAUAUCACCUGACAAGCCACCGACGUCCAUUUUCUUCAGAUUCUUUGCCUCCAAAAUAACGACGGUCAAUUUUCCAGCAGUUGGUACAUAACGCAAGGAGAAACAUAUGUCUCCAAGCUUGUUAUCCUGAAAAUUUUCACAAAAUUCGGUAUAUUAAUUGGGCAGUGUUCUUGAUGAAAUAACGAAUAUCAGAUAUUUAACUCUUUCUAACUUUUGGAAAGUUUAGUUCUAUUUAUUUUCGUAAAAUAUUAUUGUUGUGAUGUCCCGAGUUCUUGAAAGAAAGUAGUUCAAUUGUUUUGUGUUGAAUUCUAGGGAUAGUGAAUAGUAUGGAAUAUAAAAGAGGAAACCUUGUGUGGGGAACAUAGUAUUUUAGACAGGUCUGAUAAGCUGUUUAAAAAUAUACAAAUAAUAAACGGGCUUACAAAUAUCGCGGCUUAGGGCGGAUAAGGGUAAGAACUUCUUAAGGAAAAAAAAAUAUAAAUAUAACAAACAAUAGCUCCGUGUAGUUACCUAGAAGCGUAUUAUGGUUAUUAAAAUAUCGACACAGCUGACCAGUCAGUCAUUAUUAUAUCUUACAUUAUAAAUUAAAUAACAACUGCUCUAAACACAAAAUACAUAUAAAUACUCACUAAUAUUUAAAAUCAAAUCUUAAAUAAGUUUUAUGAAAAGUCAAAACGAUUGAUUAAAUAACCACGAUCUAACAUAAUCGUAAGUAAUUAAUUUGUAAUGUUUGUAUAAAAAAUGCGUGUGUACAACUGAUUUGUACUAAAGUACUGAUCAGCUUUGCCGAGUGUGCUUAGGAUGCCACAGCACAGAGACUUAAGAAAGGUAGCCUCAAACAGAAUAGAGUUUGCAACUAGGUAGGUCUUUAACAACCAUUUUCAUUGCGUUACAUAUAACGUUUUAGCACAUAGAUGACAUUUCAUCUAAGACAUUGAACACGUUACAAACAUUUUAAACAAAAGUCUAUAGGUUGGGGAAAACAAAAAAUAAUAAUGUCCACAUCAAACCUACAUUUAUAAAGCGUUUAUCCGUUGAAAUAUAUAUGUUUUAUAGUAUUAGGUAAAUUAUUACGAUCUGUUGCCGAAAUGAUGCCAAUUUCUUAUUUUGUAACACCCAGCUCAGAUCAUCAAAGCAAUACCUAUGCUCACCUUGUUGAAGAACCUAGAAACUUGAAGUUGAUAUAAAAAUGAGACGACUGACGAUCCUAGAGUUAUUGAUACUUAUAUUCGCCUAGCACAACCUGGAGAUAGACUAACCAUUUAAGAAACAGAUCGCAAUUAUCUAAAGUUUGAACAUUUAGAUAAUUCACACAUAUACAUACUAUUUACAUAAAACAACUAAACAAUUAAAAUCCAAAAAGAAAUGCUGCGUAUAUUUGGUUAAGAUGUAAAAUAUAACACAAUGUUUUGAUUAGGAUUCGUAAGUGUUAAAAUACUCGCAUUUCUUUUGAUGGAUGAUUUUAUAGAUGCAAUACAAUACAUACAUUCCGAGGAUUACAUGUUACAUAUAGGAUAGAGGUAACAUCGCACUAUAACACAAGGAUAUUCUAGAGGUGACCUCACUGUGGAUGAAAUGCAAAGCUUGCUGUUAGGGGUGAUGACUGAUAGAUAAACUAUGCUUAUUAUUUAUUUGCUAUCACUUUUUAUAAACUUCUUUUUUAAAUGUUGAGUGGAGUUCAAAAUACUCUUAAUUUAUUAAUUUCGGAACUGCAACAUAGUUUACCUAAGUAUAAAUAAUAAAUAACACUAUGUUAUUUGUUUUCAUAGUGUGGUUUAUCAUUUGGUCACCAUAGAACGUUUACAUAAAGUAUAAGCACAGGAAAAGUGUAUAUUUUGAUAGCGAAGUUUGCAUAGAGAGAGACUGUGACAGCUCUUCUUUCGUCGGUCAGAGGGUGAUCUGUAACAUAUUUGGGUAACAUAUGGUUAUUAUACUGUAAUAUUUAAUUUUAAUUGCUUUUAAUCCCACAAAAGAUAAUGAGACCACUUAUGAUUUGUAAUGGAUUAAAAAAAAAUAGCAAACUUUUAGAUUUUGAUAAUAAAAUUAAAAAGGUUGUGUACUGCUUACACAAGAUUAUGAAGCCGCAGAUUGCAAAAGCCACAUUUAUUGAUGAUCCACAAUUGUAAGAUAGUCAGUCACUAGCUACUGCAGUUAUAAGUAAUAAUUGCAUUUAGGUAAUAUUAUUGACAUGGAACACAUUAUAUUGUCCUGAAUUGUCGUUUUGCUGAAACAUUAAAUCACAAGAAAAUACUGUGGUCGAGAAGUUCUACAAAACAGCAAUACAGGAUAUAGAUAAAGCACAGUUAAUAGUGAACAUGCAUCAUUCCCCAGCCGCUAUACAAAUUAUAUUGUAAGUGUCGGAUGGAUCAACAAAAAUAUAAAAAACAAAAAUAAAUAUGGUAUGAUAGGUGAUAUCGGGUAACGGGUGAAUAUUUUCUUAUGGUUAUCAGUAAUUAAUUACAUCACAUGGAUUCUUCACUCGUGUGCCUAAUUAAUAUUUUAUACUGUCCCAAUGUUUCAUUGUUUCUUUCUCGUAUUCAUUACGAAUUUUAUACUGCUUUUCGUCAAAAAUCCCGGCAUAUUUAUAAACGAUAAUGAAACGUGUUUAUAAUAUUUUAUUAUACAUCUCAAUGUGUCUCAAAAUAAUACUUACGUGAAUGAUCAUUUCGUUUUUGAAGCGGCAUGCAAGAUUGUUCAGGACACAAUCAAACACAGCCAAGCAGAGCAGAGAAAAUAUGUAGAAAAAGAGAAAAACCAAGUAAAUACAUUUUUGCUGUUUAAAUUAAUUUUCAGAAAAAUAAAUGACGACUCAAUCCAUUGCGAGGUACCUUGACUGCUUAGCCGCAUGACAUUGGGAGUGUUUUCUUUGACAAAGACAAUAAAUGGUUUCGUUAAGAUACACUGUUUGUCAAGGAUCCUCUGUAUAAAGUGCAGUAGAUUUAAAAAUUAUAGUCCACCCUCUCAAUAAAAUUAAGGAACACAUGAUAAUUUCUCGUGUUAAUAAUGUAUUGGUUAAGCGAACUUACAAUGUUGUUGAAAUCUUUAAAAAAGAGAAAAUGUAAUUUUAUUAAAAGGAUAGAAGUAUAAAUAAUGCUGUGCUAGUAAAUCACACCCAUAUUCAAAAGAUAUUAUUAAACACAUGAAAACAAAAAAUAAAUCAACUAUAAUACUUGGGUAUGCUUUACCAGUGUAGCCUAAGCUAAGAAAAAUAAAAGAUAAAUAUUAUA